GUCCGUGAGAUCCCAGAAUGUUCUCUCCGAAGAUGCAGGAUUACGUGUUUGGUUUGCUUUCUUUUAUUUGUAGUCUCAAAGGCCUAUCAUGUACACUAUGGACAAUGAAAGUAGAGGAUCAGGUCAAUGGCACAUUGGGACAAAAUGUGAUUCUCCCCUGCUUCUUCACACACCCAAAACAAAAUGCUUACACCGGUGAUAUCACUGUUAAAUGGAUGCAGGACAAAAAAAUUGAACCCAUUUUUCAAUGCAAAUUUCACAACAAGACAAAUGGACAAGACAGUAACUGUAUUGAACAGAGCUUAUCAGAGCGACACUUGCUUCAAGGUAACCACAGAAAAGGAGACAUUUCCUUAAGGAUCAAUAAUUUACAGUUUACUGAUGCCUCACAGUACACUUGUAGAGUGGAGCUGGAUUAUGAUAAAUUCAAUAAACACACAACGCUUAAUGUCAAUGCUCCGGCACAAAUCCUCAGCCUAUACCUGGAUUUAGAUGUUGUGAAAUGCAUUGCCCGAGGGAAUCCACUUCCACAAAUAAAAUGGACCUCCUCAUCUGGACCACUAAAAAACAUUCCAUUCAAAACUGACCCCAGGAAAUACAUAGUCAACAGCUCAGUUCCAUUCUCUGAUCAGGCCGUGUACACUUGCCAAGUUGUGAACUCACUGGGCCAGGAUCAGAAAGCAUUUCCACCAAACCAUCCAAAUUGUUUAAGUCUUUCAGUGGUGACUGGCAUUCUUGCGUGUUUGCUAUUACUUGGGCUCAUAGCAGUUAUUUUGGAUGUGGUGAAAAGAAGAAAAAAUGCACAGAGAGUCAUGCUACAAGAUAUGGGUGUACAGAGGGUUCAAACCUCUGUAUAUCAAGAUAACAAGACAGUUUAUGCCAAUAUCAACAUUUGUCCAGUUGGUCGUGAAACUAGACAAGUUGGUGUGUACUCAACAGGGUCACUGAGAGAGGGGAGAAAAAAAGAAAUGAUUCCCGGGGCCCCAAAAAUUCGGCCCCCAAGACCUCCAGGACCCCCACCAGACAUUGACAAAAAGUGAAAGUUGAUCCAGAAGAAUGUUAUGUAUCACACCCGUAGAAACAGAAUAGGUGGGUAGAAAAGCAAAUCUUAUAAAGCAGGAAGUUAAAACGGAGGGGUUUUGCCUGAAGUUGUGUCUUACUGACCAGGUACGAAGGGUCUGAGUAAUAAUUAUAUUAUUUGAAUUAUAUUUAACUGUUAGGGAUAGAGUUAUGUACUUAAACGUGUGGAUUAUUAUCUCUAGACCGCUAGUGGAGCUGCACGAUAACAAAUGCUAUCACGUGGUAUCUGUUUCUUUUCUAGGCGCUGAUCCAGAUGGACCAAUCACAUUUGUUUUUGAUUACUGUAUGAUCAUUUAAAAAAAAAAAAAAAAUCAUUAUAUUUGAGAUUU